AAGCUACAGUUGAGGAAAAAAAUAUGUGGAAAUCAGUUCUACAUCAUAUAUUUAUCGUUAUUUUAGAAAGACAUAACCAGACACGACAGUCCGGAAGAGAUAAGUUCAUUCCACAAAGGAGGAAAUUAACCGUAUGGUAAUGAAUGUUCAUUUACUGAAUUGGUAAGCUAGUAUUAGUGUAUAUAUUGGAUGACAAUCAGAUUGUUGAAACAGAAGCAGUCGAAAUUAUUUGCUUGACAGAAUAAUACAUUCAUGGGUAGAUGGACAUAGGUUUUUCAAUCGAUUCUUUAUAUUUGCUUUCAUGGGUUCUAUAAUUUCUAUAAUUCUUUUAGAUCUGAUGUUUACAUUUCAUUUUUGCCACUCCAGGCUGCCAGAAUGUAAUGUAGGUCAGAUAAUCUGAUUUCAUGGUAGUUGGGAAUGUUUGUAACUCUAUCUAAAUGAUGGAUUUACAUGAAGCAUACGCCCAGUAUAUCAUUCUGUAUAAUAUCAUCAUAUCAUUACAAUAUAUAUAUACAUGUGUGUGUGUGUGUGUGUGUAAAAAUGCCACUGUUGUAUUAUCCUUUAGAGAGUAAUUAAAAUUGGCUGCUUCAUUCAAUAUGGUUAUCGGAUAUACGCAGCAGAUUUAGAUAAAAGUCUAAUACAAGACUGGCACAUAAACGGUUAAUCAGUAUUAGAACAGAACGUACAACAGAUGUGAUAUUUGGACCAGUUAUCACAGAGAUUAAUCUACGUCUGAAAAUGUUCCGUGAAGAAAUAUAUUUUAAGUUGACAUUUGUGAUGAUACUGUACAUGAGAUUGUUUUCGGAGGCUCAUGCUGUUUCAGAUAUCUGCACCAAAUGUAAUUGUAAUGAGGGUGAAAUAUAUUGUGCUUUUCUCAAACUCACUUCGGUUCCUAAUGAAACCAUUCCUAUAAAUGCUCGAUCUCUAGAUCUGGGUCAGAAUAAAAUCACGAAUAUUGCAAAAGAAACCUUCCAAAACCUAACCAGUAUAAAGACGUUAAAUCUGUAUUAUAAUGAAAUUACAAAUAUUGAAGAAGGACCUUUCCAGAAUCUUGCCAGUCUAAAGGAACUAAAUCUGAAUGGAAAUAGCAUCACGAAUAUUGCUGAGAGAGCCUUCGAAAACCUUACCAGCUUAGAGAUAUUAUCCCUGAAUAAUAACCAAGUCAAAGAAAUUAAAGAACGUACCUUACGAAACCUGACCAAUUUAAAGGAACUUUGGCUGGCUAAUAAUAAAAUUAUGACCAUUGAACAAGGAACAUUCAAGGACCUUACCAAUUUAAAGAUAAUAGAAUUGAGUACUAACAAAUUCACGAAUAUUCUAGAACACACCUUCCAAGACCUUACCAGUUUAGAGAAUUUGUUAAAGAUCGAAUGGUGA